UGAAAAUAUGCGGAAUUCCAUCAUGAAAAGGCUAGACAUAAAUCUAUAUACUAAAUACGAACUAGGUCCCAGUUCGAUAGAAAUAAUGAAUCAUAAAAAAAAAUAGAGUUUAGAGUUCGGGUUCGAUUUCUGUAGAUAAUAUAGAAAGUAUUGUCUAGAAUGAUAGGCAAAUAAAAGACUUUCUCAGGAUUUUUGGUCAUCCAUUUAUUUGAUAUUUUGAAAAUAGGUGGGUUGAAUUUGAUUCGUUUGGAUGGUACCAACAAAAUGGAUUGCUAACUCCUAUUUCUUAUUUAAUUAAUCGAUCAACUUGCUAUCGGACAUUUUUUUUUUUGGAUUCGAUAAUUUUCAUUUUCGCAAAAAAUUUCGACAUAUUUUAACUAUAAUAUUAUGACAAUCAAUCCUACUACUUCUGGUUCUGGGGUUUCCACGCUUGAAAAAAAAAACCUGGGGCGUAUCGCUCAAAUUAUUGGUCCGGUCCUGGACGUAGCUUUUCCUCCAGGCAAGAUGCCCAAUAUUUACAAUGCUCUAGUAGUUAAGGGUCGAGAUACUAGUGGUCAACCAAUUAAUGUGACUUGUGAGGUACAACAGUUAUUAGGAAAUAAUCGAGUUAGGGCUGUAGCUAUGAGUGCUACAGAUGGUCUAACACGAGGAAUGGAAGUUAUUGACACAGGAGCUCCUUUAAGCGUUCCAGUCGGCGGCACGACUCUCGGACGAAUUUUUAACGUGCUUGGGGAACCUGUUGAUAAUUUAGGUCCCGUAGACACCAGCACAACAUCUCCUAUUCAUAGAUCUGCGCCCGCCUUUACACAGUUAGAUACAAAAUUGUCUAUUUUUGAAACCGGAAUUAAAGUGGUAGAUCUUUUAGCUCCUUAUCGCCGUGGAGGAAAAAUAGGACUGUUUGGGGGAGCAGGAGUGGGUAAAACAGUACUCAUUAUGGAAUUGAUCAACAACAUUGCAAAAGCUCAUGGGGGCGUAUCCGUAUUUGGCGGAGUAGGUGAACGUACUCGUGAAGGAAAUGAUCUUUACAUGGAAAUGAAAGAAUCCGGAGUUAUCAAUGAACAAAAUAUUGCAGAGUCAAAAGUGGCUUUAGUCUAUGGUCAAAUGAAUGAACCGCCGGGGGCACGUAUGAGAGUUGGGUUAACUGCCCUAACUAUGGCGGAAUAUUUCCGAGAUGUUAAUGAGCAAGACGUACUUUUAUUUAUCGACAAUAUCUUCCGUUUCGUCCAAGCAGGAUCUGAAGUAUCUGCCUUAUUGGGUAGAAUGCCUUCCGCUGUGGGCUAUCAACCUACUCUUAGUACCGAAAUGGGCUCGUUACAGGAAAGAAUUACUUCUACAAAAGAAGGGUCCAUAACUUCGAUUCAAGCAGUUUAUGUACCUGCAGACGAUUUGACCGACCCCGCUCCUGCCACGACAUUUGCACAUUUAGAUGCUACUACCGUACUAUCAAGAGGAUUGGCGGCCAAAGGGAUCUAUCCAGCGGUGGAUCCGUUAGAUUCAACGUCAACUAUGCUCCAACCUAGGAUCGUUGGCGAGGAACAUUAUGAAACUGCGCAAAGAGUUAAGCAAACCUUACAACGUUACAAAGAACUUCAAGAUAUUAUCGCUAUCCUUGGAUUGGACGAAUUAUCUGAAGAAGAUCGUUUAACUGUAGCAAGAGCACGAAAAAUUGAGCGUUUCUUAUCACAACCCUUUUUCGUAGCAGAAGUAUUUACAGGCUCUCCAGGAAAAUAUGUUGGCCUAGCAGAAACAAUUAGAGGAUUUCAAUUAAUUCUUUCCGGAGAAUUAGAUGGUCUUCCCGAACAAGCCUUUUAUUUGGUAGGUAACAUCGAUGAAGCUACCACGAAAGCUAUAAACUUAGAAAUGGAGAAAGUAAAAGCAAUCAUUUUAUCUACUAAUAGUGGCCAAAUCGGCGUAUUAAAAGACCAUGCCGCUACUGCGACAGCCGUAGAUAUAGGUGUUUUAAGAAUGUUAGGCCUUGACGACCAAUGGUCAACAAUGGCUCUGAUGGGCGGUUUUGCUAGAAUAAGCAAUAAUCAGAUUACUAUUUUAGUAAAUGAUGCUGAGAAGGGUAGUGACAUUGAUCCACAAGAAGCUCAGGAAACUCUUGAAAUAGCAGAAGCUAACUUGAAGAAGGCGGAAGGAAAGAGACAAUUAAUUGAAGCAAAUCUAGCUCUCAGACGAGCUAGGACACGAGUAGAGGCUCGCAAUACAAUUUCGUAAGCUGUUGGUGCGUCCGAAUAAUCAAAAGAAGUUCCCUUGUCGGUAGAAUCUAUAUAUAGAAUGCAACAAAAAAAAAAAAAGAAAUAGAAAAAUUUAUUAGAUACCCCGAAUCGAGGGUAUCUAAUAAGUUUUACCUACUAUUGGAUUUGAACCAAUGACUCCCGCCGUAUGAAAGCAGUACUCUAACCGCUGAGUUAAGUAGGUCUUUUAUCAUUCCAAAGAGGACUAAAUAUAACUAUCAGAUAGAUAGAUUAUAAAUCCAAUAUUGCUUAUUAAGCAAUAUUAAUUAAACAGAUCAAAGAACUAUGAUGUUGGAUCGUGGAAUAUUUAUCUUGACAAGAAAUUAUCUACAUGCUAAAAUAGGGAGCAUAAGUACAAGGGCUAUAGCUCAGUUGGUAGAGCACCUCGUUUACACGCGCGCCAAUGUUUUUCAGGGGAGUCCAUCAUGCAAUCAAAAGAAUUAAUCUUUUUGAUAAAUCGAUGUCUUACUCUAUGACUUUAUAGGAAACAAAACAAGAGAACAAUAGCCUGACAAUAAGUUCUAGUUUGGUCCGAUUUAAGUUAAGUGUCCGUUUAGUUACCAUUACCAAACAGAACCCAUUAUUGAUUUGAGAUAUUGAUAGGGUAAAUACCCAGCCUAUUAAAUGCUAGGCAUAAUGAGUAUAAGGGCCUCAAAAAAUCUCUUUUCGUCCUAUGAACUUUAAGGUGUAUGAAGUUUCAUAUUGGAUUCGUUAAUCCGAACGAUAGAGACUCCAUUUAAUUUUUCAAUUGAUCUAGGCCAAAGGCAGACCUACGUCAAUAUAACUCUUCUUUGAAACACUUUGGUAGUGCUUUUGAAUCAAAAUUCAAAUAAAUAAUGAAUCGGAGCACAUGGAACCAUUUUCUUUCUAUCAAGAAAAAAUAUGGUGGACUAACUGGUAUUUAUAUCAGUUAAUGAAAGAGCCCAAUGCAAAAAAAAAUGCAUGUUGGGUCUUUGAAACAGUUCAAAUCAUUUUGCGAAUAAUAAGUUUGAUCUGUUUUACCGAGAAGGUCUACGGUUCGAGUCCGUAUAGCCCUAGUAAAUUUAUAUACUAGCGAAUGAAUAUUAAUAAUUCAUUCCAACCUAAUCAACUAUAAUUGAAUGGAAUAAAUAGAUCGAGGAACACCCUAUUUAACUGUGAUAUGAUUUGUUUAAUAGAAUUUAAUUUGUAUCCAAGCCUCGGUUUGAAAAAGUCUCUUUGCCAACGUUUCAUCGGCAAAGAGACUUUUUGUCUUUAUAUACCUUACCUAUCAAAGCGCAAAACAAGUAGUCUUUUCUUUCCUUAUACAAUCAAUAGAAAUACUCUGUCGGAAUUAGAAUUAAAUAAACUAUACCAACAUAAUUCCAAUUCUAAAAUCGAAAUUCUUCAACAUUCUCUUACACGAGAAUUCUCUAUUAUAAAUAAUAUAUAAAUAAUAUAAAUAAAAAAAGCGGAAAGAAAGAAAAAAAUUCCAAAUUGAAUUAUGAUUUUUUUCCGGUUCAAUCUUUUCUUUCUUUAGUUAUAUAAAAUCGAGGUGAAAGUGAGAAAGUUUUAUUUGUAUAUAUAAGAUAAGAACAAUAGAAUAAUUCUAUAAUAUAGAAUAAAAAUUACAAGUGGAAUGGAAAACAAAACAGAAAUAAGAUUCGAGUCAAUCACUCUUGAAACGAAACACAUCCCGCAGUAAACAAACGUAACUCGGUUGGUUAGGCGGUUCACUCAAAAUAAAUUGUUGUUUUAACUAAAAGAGUUAGAGUUAUAGAUAAU